AUGCCUGUGAUAUCUACGCUUUUUGUUUUUUUGGUGCCUAGCACCACAACCUCAACUGAUCAUGCUGUGUCACCUUGCAACUUGAAUCGAGACGAGCAAAUCAUCUCUGUCACCGAAAGAGGAUCGGUCGUGAUUGAGGUUGAAUCCGAAGAGAAAUGGAGAGGGAAAGGAGAGGACGGUGAGGGUGCAUAG